UACCCGUUCGCCCCCCCUCCUCAUCAUGUCUGAAUCGGGCAGUGAUGGAGGGAAGUGGCUGGAUGCCCACUAUGACCCGGUGGCUGGACUGUACACCUUCUCAUCCUGUGUGGACCUUGCAGACCUGAGUGGGGACGGGGAGAGCCGGCUGGUGGUGGGAGACCUGGGCUGUGGCUCGUACAGUAUGAAGCUUAAAGUGUACCGGGGCACUGUGCUGAUGAGUGAGAGCACCCUGCUGGACCUGCCCGCCGGCCUUGUUGCCUUUUUCAUGGACCUUCAUGAGCCACGCAUCCCCGCCGUGGCCGUAGCAUCUGGACCCUGCAUCUAUGUCUACAAAAACCUGAGACCGUACUUCAAGUUCACCCUGCCCGGUCUAGAGGUCAACACACUGGAGCAGGAUGUGUGGCAGCAGGUGAAGGAGGGUCAGAUCGACCCUUUGACCCUGAAGGAGAUGUUGGAGGGUAUAAGGAAGAAGGCCAAUAUCCCACUGUCCGUCCGCUCGACCAGGUUCCUCUCUCUAGAGACCAGUGACAUGGACGCGUUUGUCCAGCUGCAUAAUCAGCAGCCAAUCAGACGCCAGACGGUCAUAACCUGCAUCGGGACCCUGAAGAAGAGCACAGCCGAUGAGGACGGUGUCAGCUGUCUGGUGAUUGGCACAGAGAGCUGUGAUGUCUAUGUCCUUGACCCCGAAGCUUUCAUCAUCCUCUCCAAGAUGUUGCUGCCGGCUGCUCCUAUCACGAUGGAUGUGACGGGUCAGUUUGACGUGGAGUUUCGCAUCACAGUGGCGUGUCGCAACGGAAACAUCUACGUCCUGCGCAGAGAGUCAGACAAACCGAAGUACUGCAUCGAGCUGUCGUCUCACCCAGUGGGUCUGGUCAGAGUUGGGAAGAACGUGGUGGUCGGCUGCACUGACGAGAGCCUGCAGGGCUUUACACAGAAGGGGAAGAAGCUGUGGAGGAUCAUCCUUCCUGCUCCAGUCAUCACUAUGGCUGCCAUGGACCUCCCGACAAGGGGCUUUCAGGGGGUUCUGGUAGGCCUGGCUAACUGUGAGGUCCAGCUGUACCGGGACAAGAACCUGCUGAGCACCUUCAAGACACCCAAUGUGGUCACCAGUAUCUGCUUUGGUCGGUACGGCCGCGAGGAUGGGACCCUCAUCAUGACCACUAAGGGAGGUGGCCUGAUGAUGAAGAUCCUGAAGAGGACAGCAGUGUUCGACGACAGAGACAGCGCACCUGGGCCGCCGCUAGCCCAGAGUGUCCGCCUUAAUGUUCCCAAGAAGACGAAGCUGUAUGUGGACCAGACACUGAGGGAGCGGGAGAAUGGCCUGACUAUGCACCGCGCUUUCCAGAUGGACCUGAGCCGCCUGAGACUGGCCACCGCCAAAGCUUACGUCAAGGCCUUGGAGUCCAGCCUGACGCCAAUGUCCUCCAGCCUUAGCGAGCCGAUCAAGAUGAAUGCAGUGGUCCAGGGUCUGGGUCCGUCCUUCAAACUGACCCUGAACAUCCAGAACACAGCAGCAUGUCGGCCCAUCAUGAACCUGGCCAUCAGCUUUCUCUAUGAUGAGAGCCUGUACAGGAUGAGGAACCCAUAUAUGAGGAUCCCCCUGCUGGUGCCCGGACUAAUCUACCCUGUUGAGACCUUUGUGGAGUGCACCAGUGACAAGGGCAUCUCUGACAUCAUCAAGGUGUUCAUCCUGCACGAAGGGCAAAGCUCCCCACUGCUAACUGCCCACAUCAACAUGCCUGUCAGCGAGGGGCUGAUGCUCAGCUGAAAACACCACACUUCAGCUUCACUCAGUACAGACUGCGGAUGUCACAGGACCGAACUGAAUACACCACGCUGACAGUCAGCAGAGUUAGAUUUUAGUCUGUGGGUUCACAAGGUACCUGCAGAAGUGCAGCUGUGUGCUUGUUUAAAACAGUAGUGAAAUACUUUGGGUUCUUCUCAGGGAUCAAAAUCACUGCAGACUUUUGGUUUUGUUCACCAAGAUUUUAAAAGAAAUUUUAAAAGGACAAAUGCAAAUAUUCUGUAUUUUAUAAAUGUAAUGUUGUAUGAAGAAAAUUAAAACUGUGCAUAAGAAACAAGUUGGAACUGAUAUCAUGAAUGUAAAAAUAAAGGCUGCACUUUGUUUUAACGCCUGUGGUUUCUCCAGAGUUUCUAAGAACAAACAUUUGGCUUCAACACACUCAUCGUCUGCACAGUCUCUGGCCUGAGAACUCAGGUAAAGGUGAGAACAGGUAAACGGCUCCGGUGUCCAGGCCUGGCCCUAA